AUGGCAGAGACUCGAUCUUCAAUUCGAAACCUGGAGGUACAAGUGGGUCAGUUAAGCAAGAGGAUACCCGAGGAUUUCUCCAACACUUUUUUAAUCAAUACAGAGGUAAAUCCAAGGGAAGAGUGCAAGACCCUCACUAUGGGAGCUGAGGCUGAAUUCAAGGAGGAAUAUGCUGCUAAAAAUCUGAAGGAGAACAAGGCUCUAGAGGAGACUAGGAGUGUACUUCUACACACCCCUAUGGAGAUGCAGGGGUCUGAAGAACAACCCUCUCCAAACGUGCAAAAGGAGACUGAGGAUGAGAAACUUGCUCAAUUCUUGGCAGUCCUCAGAAAGAUGCAAGUUAAUAUCUCUUUUGCUGAGGUGUUGAAGAAGAAACCUCCGUAUAUAGCUUGUUUAAAAAGUGUGACUUCUGAAAAGACGGCUCUGAGGAGAGAUGAGACUGUGGUGUUGACCAAGAAAUACAACGCCCUUGUGCAAAGGAAGCUACCUCCAAAGAUACUAGAUCCCGGAAGCUUCCUGAUUCCCUGUACUAUAGGGACUAUCACAUUCGAGAAGUCACUGUGCGACCUUGGAUCAAGCAUCAAUCUUAUGCCUCUCUUUGUGAUGAGGAAGCUGGGAAUCCAAGAGGUGUUGCCUACCAAGAUCUCACUGGAGAUGGCAGAUAAGUCCCUGAAAUGGGCAUAUGGACUAGUGGAGAAUGUCCUUAUAAAGAUUGAAGACCUUUACCUCCCUGCAUAUUUUGUGAUAAUUAACACUGGAGAGGACAAGAACGACUCCAUCAUCCUGGGAAGGCCCUUCUUAGCUACUGGGAAGGCCUUGAUUGACGUUGAGAAAGGAGAGUUAAUUCUGAGGUUGUGGAAAGAUCAUAUUCUGUUUAAAAUUUCCAACCCUCACUCUUUCUUGGAUAAAGGAGGUACUACUGUGCAACACUUAGUGUUUCAGCCUUCUCUCUCAGUGCAGAGCCUUACAGAACCCCCAGACAUCAAACCUAAGUUUGGUGUUAGGUGA